ACAUGACACACCAGGGCCGCUGGUCAGCUGACACAGAAGCAUUUGCGACCUGCCGUCGGUGUGGUUGUUUUUCAGCCCAUGACGUAAUCACAACGCGCCCUCGUCUUUGGGUAACAUGGCAGCGGGCAGCCGCGGAGAUGUACGGGUCCGGCUGAUGUUUGAGUACCCACCGCCCGCUAUCCCUGAGAGCUGCAUGUUCUGGAUCCUACUGGACACUCAACGCUGCCGGGUGGUGACUGAUCUGACCAGCAUCAUCCGCCAGCGCUUCUUCUACAGCCAGCGUGGGGCGCUCUCUCUCUAUGUGGAUGAUUGCCUACUGCCCCCCGGGGAGAACAUCCGGGUCAUCCGGGACAACGACUCCAUCAGAGUAAAGUUUGAUGAAUGUUAUCCAGAAGAAGACACUUCUAAUAGCCCCAGCAGAGCUCAUCCCCCUAAGAAGUUAAAAAAAAGACACAGACAGAAAUCUGAAGAUGACGGUGAAGAGUAUACGGUCUCAAAGCACAAAAAACAAAAAUGUUUGCAGAGCCUGAUCUUGGACAGCGACAGUGUGGAGAAAGCUAGGAAGGAAAAGAAGAAGAAAAAAAAAACAGUUCUUCCAGAUAAGGAAGCUGAUCAGUCUGAGCAGCUCUCAGAAAGUCCCAGAAAAAGUUCAGCUAAAAAGAAAACAGAGAAACACAAUGAACAAUCUCCUGUUACAAAAGCCAAGAAAUUUCUUCCACCACCUAAACCAAACUGUGAACCUAAAAACAAGGGAUUGCGGCAGAGCUCCAGCAGUGACUCCUCUAUGUCAUCAUCUGAUAAUCAGCAUGAAUCAGCCACAGUGCAAAAAAAGCCUCCAAAGAGACCAGGUACAUCUUCUGCCAACGUUUCUGUGACAAAGGCGUCGGUCAAUUCUUCUGGGAAGGUCAAAAGGAGGGAGAGAUCCUCUUCCAGUUCUGAUUCAGACUCCAGAGAAAAAGACAAUACACAAAGCAGCAUAAAGGAGGCAGCUGUGAUUGCGCCAUCCUUGGAUGUUGCAUCUGAGAAACCAGAGAAGAAAAAGGUGUCGUCUAGCUCUGACAGCUCUGACUCUGAUAGUUUUGUUAUCAAAAAGGCAGUGGUGGUGCCACCUGUGUCAGGCUCUGUCUCACCUUGUCUCCCUAAUGGACAUGUUGCAGAUCAACAGGGAGCAUUGGGCCGUGGUAUAGGAAGGGGACGUGGGACUGAUGGCUUUCCUUGGAGAGGACAGAGGGGGCGUGGUUUUAGAGGCAGAGGAGACUCUAGAAACCAGGGAAGAGGCAGAGGGGAAAGCAAACCGUUUUUUUAUAACUAUGACACAAAACAGCAGCAGCUAAAUGAGCCAGCAACCAACACCUCUAUUUUAAUCCAGAAUCCACCUGCAGCUACCAAAAAGGAUUACAGCACGCUCCCACUCCUUGCUGCUCCCCCACAAACUGGAAAGAUCAUCGCCUUCAAACUGCUUGAAUUAGCUGAGAACUACACGCCUGAGGUCUCUGAUUACAAGGAGGGACGGAUUCUGAGUUACGAUCCUGUGUCUCAGCAGCUGGAGGUAGAAAUUCUGUCAUCUCUAAAAAAGAAGGAGCCGGGAAAAUUUGACCUUGUCUAUGAGUGUGCGGACGGGACAGAUAUUGUAGAGUAUGCGGUACCCCAGGAGUGUAAGAUAACUCAAGCCUGGAACUCGCUGAUUGAACCUAGAUUGGUUAUGGAAAAUGGAUCAGAAGAAAGAACUUUGCCACAACCUGAAACAGUGGCAUAUCUCUGAUUACCACGACUGAUGACGGUCACAUAACUCUGCCUGUGGGCGUAAAAUAUUACUAAACAUGGGUGACAUUUGUUUUAGCCUCUCCCAAUGGGAGAUCCUUUUUUUUUCUUUUUGAUGCAUCUUUUCUAUGAAUUCAUAAGACCUGUUGUGUUUUUUACUAGGUAUACUCCCAGUAUGGGAAUUCCUAUGUUUUUAUGUUACGGAAUUUAAUAAAAAUAUGUAUUCUGACAUUAUGUGUAAAUAAAUGACAAUACUAAUUU